AUGGCAGACGUCGCGUACCUGAAGAGCCUACUCAAGGAGCAUCCCGAUUUCCCCCAGAAGGGGGUAAAUUUUCUCGACCUCUUUCCCUUGUUAAGGAAUCCAACAGCCUUCGAGACGCUCAUAACACGUUUCGUCUACCACCUCACAUCCGAAACGCUAUUCAAGGCACCUUCUAAGAAAAUUGAUGUCGUCGUUGGCCUUGACGCGCGAGGAUUCCUGCUCGGGCCCAUCAUCGCAAUGAGGCUCGGUGCUGCAUUUGUGCCUGUUCGGAAGAGAGGCAAGCUACCCGGCCAAUGCAUACAGGCAUCAUACGAAAAAGAAUAUGGAGUGGAUGUGUUCGAAAUGCAAGCAGACGCAAUCGAAGCUGGCCAGACAGUUGUUAUCGUAGAUGAUCUCAUGGCCACAGGUGGUUCUGCGAAAGCUGCCGGGGAACUAGUUGCGAAGUUGGGCGGAAAGACCCUGGAGUAUCUUUUCGUGAUUGAGCUGACGUUCCUUAAAGGCGGAGACAAGCUUGACGCACCUACUUACUCAGUCGUCAAAGCAGAUGACUGA